AUGGAAUCAAUUUCUAUGUUAUCAUCUACUCAUCAACCAUUAAGGUCAAUUAGUUUACCAACAAGAAUUCAUCCUUCUUCACAAAGAGUUGAAGCAUUGUUAAACCAUCUUAAACCACAGAACUCUUCUCAAUCUCUCUCAAGAACAUUCUCUUUUGAAGCAGAUACAAUUCAGAGUGAUUUAGUUGUUCUUGCAGAAUUAUACAAUUGCAUGGAAGAACUCUUUCAUUCUCAACAAACACAACAAGCACUUUUGCAUUAUCAAAAUGGAAAACUAGUGGAAGAUUCAUUAGGUGGUUCAGUCACACUUUUAGAUGCAUGUAGUUCGUCACGGGAAUUACUCUUGAAUCUUAAACAACAUGUUCACACAAUUCAAUCUGCUAUACGUAGAAGAGGAAAUUCAUUAUCAAGCAUUGAAAGUAGCAUUCAUGAGUAUGAUUGCUUUAGAAAGAAGGCAAAGAAGGAAAUUUCAAAGCAACUUUGUGAAAUGAAGAGAAUGGAAAACGAAGUUAAGGUUUUUUCUAUAAUGGGUCAAGAUCAAAAUAUGAUAUUUUUAGCAGGAGUUUUAAGAGAAGCAAGUAUGGUCACAAUAUCAAUAUUUCGAUCUCUUUUGUUAUUCAUGUCAAUGCCAAGAAUUAGAACAACAAAAGGGUCAUCUUUGAUCUCAAAGCUUAAUCCUUCAAGAUUUUUUUCGUCAGAGAAGGAACAGAAGAAAACUGAUUUUGCAGCACUCUUAAGAGUGUUGGAGACAUUGAAUGAUAGUGUUUGUGAUCUUGAAGGUGGAUUGGAUUGCAUUUUUAGAUGUUUAGUACGAAAUAGAGUUUCUUUUCUUAAUAUGCUUGCUCAUUAG